AUGGGUGAGAAAGCAGGUGCAGGUGAGUUUUUCGAAGAAGACAUGGGUGACAAUGAAGAUGUUUAUCCCGAAUUGCCAAACAUUUUCAAUGAUAAGCUCAAUUGGAAGGAGCAGGAACCUGUUUUAGGUAUGAGGUUUGAGAGUCCUAAGCAAUUGAAACACAUGCUUUGUAACUAUGCUGUCGCGAAUGGUUAUCAAUUAUGUUUUGUUAAGAAUGAUACUAGACGAUUACUUGUCAAAUGUUGUGAUGGCAAAUGGGAGUUACUUUGUGCUGUGGGUAGAGAUGCUAACAAUGGAAUAUUCCUAAUUGCUUGGGCAGUUGUUUCUGUGGAAAACAAAGAGAUUUGGAAAUGGUUCUUAGAAACUCUUUCAGAAGAUUUGCAAUGUUGGAAUGAUGGAGUAGGGGAUGAUGAGGUAAUCGUAGAUGCUACUGAUGCUUUGGAUAGGCCUAGAGAUGAAGAGCGAAUGGUGGGAGUCAAUGGACGGGAUGAAGGGGUGAAUGUCAAUGCUCGAGUUAAGCAUGGUAAACCACCUAAAAUGCGAAAAAAGUCAGAACGAAUCAUUAAACUGAAGCUUGCAAAAAAUGUAGGAGGUGAAGGUAGCAGUGUUGCAACGGCCAUGGACUUGGAUUAA